CUCGCGUGUCUCACCGCAACAGUUACUAAUGAUUUCUGUCAUGAACGCCGCUUUAUGUGCCGAACUAACCGCUUUUGAUCAUUUGCAGAGAUUUAAAAGAUUUCUCGUGAAUUCUUCUCAAAGUUUGAUUUGAAAUUAACGCGCGGAGGCGGGGCUUUUAUAGACGUUGCGUACGUAACGUCAAGUCAACAUGUCGGGAAGCGCUCUUAUGAGAGUUUUAUCUUAUCUAAGCAGAACAUCACAAUUUCUACAACCGAAUAAGACGAAGUGUGUGAAUAUAAGACGACCAUUCACUGCCAAACUGGAAGGUGAAGGUCAGAUCAGACCACUAGAUGGCGUUAAAGUCUUAGAUCUGACAAGGGUUCUGGCUGGACCUUUUGCUACUAUGAUAUUGGGAGAUUUGGGAGCUGAGGUGAUCAAAGUUGAGCGACCAGGCUCAGGAGACGACACAAGAGCAUGGGGCCCUCCGUUUGUGGGCGAAGAGAGCGCUUAUUUUCUGAGUGUGAACAGGAACAAAAAGAGCAUUGCUGUUAAUCUUAAAGAUCCAAAGGGGACCGAACUUGUAACUGAGCUUGCCAAAGUCUGUGAUGUUCUGGUGGAGAAUUACUUGCCCGGGAAGCUGAAUGAGAUGGGACUUGGGUACGAGGAGUUGAGUAAAGUGGCCCCUCAGCUCAUCUAUUGCUCUAUAACAGGAUAUGGACAGACGGGCCCCGAGUCACACAAGCCUGGUUAUGACUCCAUUGCGUCUGCGGUGUCUGGUAUGAUGCACAUCACUGGUCCUGAGGAUGGAGACCCAGUCAGACCAGGUGUUGCUAUGACAGAUCUGGCCACUGGUUUAUACACUCAGGGAGCCAUCAUGGCUGCUUUGCUUCAGCGACAGAAAACAGGACGAGGCCUUCAUAUAGACUGCAGUCUUCUGUCUUCACAGGUUGCUUGUCUAACUCACAUCGCUGCCAACUACCUCAACGCUGGUAUUGAAGCCAGACGAUGGGGAACUGCCCACGGGAGCAUUGUCCCUUACCAGGGUUUCAAGACCAAAGAUGGAUAUUUGGUUGUGGCAGCGGGAAACGACCAGCAAUUUAUGAAAGUGUGCAAAUUCUGUCAUCGAACGUGUCUGUUUGCCAAGGUUCUGAACAUGAAUGGCCUGGCAGAAAGCCCAAAGUACAAAAGCAACAAGUUAAGAGUUCAGCACCGCAACGAGCUGCUGCAGAUUCUGUCCGAGAGCACCCUCCCUUCUAUCCCUUCUCAGACCUUCAUUCAGGCUUCUGUCCUCAGGUUCAUGCAGGAGACGACUGGAGAGUGGUUGAGACGCUUCGAAGGCACCGGUGUCCCCUGUGGCCCUAUCAACAACAUUCAGCAGGUGUUUGCCAACCCUCAGGUUGCUCACAAUGGCCUUAUUUUGGAAAUGGACCACCCAACAUCAGGAAGGAUAGCAGUGCCAGGUCCUGCUGUGCGCUUCAGUAGUUUUGAGUCCAGUAAUCCGAUGCCGCCGCCUGUGAUCGGCCAGCACACGGUCCAGAUUCUCAGAGACACGCUGGGCUACAGCGAUGAUGCCAUAAACCACCUGCUAGCCUCUCGGACCGUCACUCAGAACAAGGUGCAGUGAGAGACGUCUCAUCGAUUGGGAGAACAGUCCCGCAGUGUCGACCAGCGGACGGGAAAGAAUAAAUACUGCCUUCCCUCUGUUGUGAUUAAACUGGUGAAUGUCCAUCAGAGAGGAAACUGUGAAUGUAAAAAUAAUGACGUAAUGACACAUUGACACGUAAGAAUGUGCACUGCUGAAUGAGUUCAGUCUUCAAAUGAUCAGUAAUGUGCAGAUACUUUAUUCACAUCCAGAUUUAGAUCCGUACUGCCUGUUCCAUAAUUCACCCCAAAAUCAAAAGUAAAACAAACUGUAAUAUUAUCGUAUAAAUAUGUUUGUUUAAAAUGAAGCCUAUUUUUAGAACCAUUACAAUUUUCUUUUUGCAUUGUGAUACCAUUUUGAUGUCAUCACCACCAUCCAAUUCUUACGGAGCCCUUAAGGGACAAUUCAGGGAGGGUGGAAAAAAUUUGGGGUGGGAGGAAAAAUAAUUUUUCAAAUUUUUGGCGAUCUCUCGCAAAACUUUUCUGUUGCCUCAAAAAACUUUUCUCUCGCAAAGAUAUUUGACUGAUAUUUGAACAACCACUGCAAGCUGUAAAGUAAACAGAAGUGUUUGUCCGAACUCAACUGGUUUUGCGAGGGAACACAACGCAACUUUUCGAGGGAAUGCAAAAGUUUGGUAAGAGAACGUAAAACAAUUUUAAAAAUUUUUCUCCCACCCUGAAUUCCUUCCACCACCAUAUAUCCCUUUAGGGGCUCCGUAAAUUCUCAGUGGUACCAUAAUAAUACAAAUAAUUAAUAAUAGUACUACAUAUAUCAUGGGAAGUGUUUGUAAAAUAACAAAAAAAAAAAAAUGCAAAAAACUCAGUUGUGCAUAAAAUGUAGUUAUGCACAUUUUUUAUCAUGAGCAAACAUUUCUCAUUUUAUUUUAUUUAUAUGUUUUAUUAUUUAUGUUUUUUUGGGGGGGGGGGUGAACUUAUGACUUUAAUUGUGGGAUUCACUCAUACCAUUAUAAUAAUACAUAAACGAUUGAUUGAUUACCACUGUAAUAAUUAAUAGGCAGUCAUUUCAAGUACUUUGCACAAGCAAUAUAAAAAUAAGCUCUAAUAAAGAAAAGCAAUAUAAAAAUAAGCGCUAAUUUAUAAAAAAAAAAAAAAAUUUAGAUGAUUUUAUGAUCCAAUUUGAUAAGGUGAUUUUAACAUUCUAUAAGAUAAAUACUGUUCAUUACAAAAUGUAAGGUAAAGCAUAUAAAUACAAAGUUCUUACACAAAGUUGGCAUCAGCUCUUUAUUGUCAUAAAUAAUGUUUCAUGCCUGUAAGUUAUUGCUACAGAUAUGUGUAUGCGAGACACAAAUGACAUCCAUUUUGUAGAAUGGCCCAUAUUUACAUUUCAUAAUAAAUAUGACUAACAAUGUUUAUUUAUAUUUGAAAAUAUCAUAUUUGUAUACUUACUAACAUUUUAAGCAAUCAAACUCUUGUUGCUCUACAACAACUUAUCUUGGGCCGAAAGGUUAGUCUCUAUAAUUCAUCAUAUUGAUUAAUAUCAAAUUUCCAUGUGAAAUCACAAUGUGUCUUAUCUGUGGCUCGUUAGAUCUGAAAUGGUCCAGAAGUGCUGUUAUCUUCCGUCAAGUAUCUUAUUCCCGUCAUUGUGCGCUGUGAGCCGUCGCAGGUGCGAGUUGAAGGCGCAAGGUCACUUCACUGUCUUCUCAAGGCUUUUGGCUCUACACUAAUGCAUGGUGGGACUGUUUAGCCGUGCAGCGGAAUAAGCACCGUUUCUGAUGUGUAACUGCCAAAUCUUUCAUGUCCGAUUUCCUGCGGCUGGGGACACUGACUCAUAACACAGCAACGUGAGAGAAUGCAGAGAGCAAGGCACGAGAGCUUUUCAUUGUUAAGCAUUAUAGCCGGCAUGAAAUGAAAAUUCUAUUUUCUAAAUGCAUGUUAUUGAUCUUUCUUUAAAACGUUAAACUAUGCAUAUGUUUCAUUUUUUAACGCUGAAUUCUCCAAUCGACUUGAAGCCUGAUGCUUUCUUAAAAUUGACUCCAAGCUUGCACACAAGCUUCCAUUCAACCAACAACCAUUGCAAGAACCUAGCCCUGCCGUACAAUUUUGUUUUGCCUUUUAAGUACUAAACAGUUUUAAAGUAACUGACUAAAAGUAUUAGUGCUACUAACUUCACAAAUUCCUGCCACUGACAAUAUUUUGUCUGUCUUUCCAUAUGUUCACGGUUAUACGGUAGGGGGCGCUAUUACACAUCUUCUAAAAGAGUACUGCAUCUCUGGAGCAAAACACAGGUGAAGAAGAGGCGGAAACAAGUGAUCAUGUAUGUAAGCAGAUCCAUAUGUAAAAUAAUGUGAUCAAUAAACAUCAAAACUGCCUAACAUUCAUAUAUGUGACCCUGGACCACAAAACCAGUCUUAAGUGUCAAUUUUUCGAAAUUGAGAUUUAUACAUCAUCUGAAAGCUGAAUAAAUAAGCUUUCCAUUGAUGUAUGGUUUGUUAGGAUCGGACAAUAUUUGGCUGAGAUACAACUAUUUGAAAAUCUGGAAUCUGAGGGUGCAAAAAGAUCUAAAUAUUGAGAAAAUGGCCUUUAAAGUUGUCCAAAUGAAGUUCUUAGCAAUGCAUAUUACUAAAGUUUUUAUACAUUUACGGUAAGAAAUUUACAAAAUAUCUUCAUGGAACAUGAUCUUUACUUAAUAUCCUAAUGAUUUUUGGCAUAAAAGAA